AUGGCGAUGUUUUGUGUAUUCUCAAGGUUUCACAAAUUCUACGAAACAACUCAAUCUAAAAGUUCCUUCCCUGGUACCAAAAUAAAUAAUGACUGUAAGGACCUACAUGGAAACGGAUAUAAACUGUCAGGUGUUUAUGAAAUAGUUCCUUUCUGUGAUGAGAGUCAGGUCAGCGUGUACUGUGACAUGGAGACAGAGGGCGGAGGGUGGACAGCAAUCCAGAGGCGUUCGAGUGGAUCCGUGAGUUUUGAUAGAAGUUGGUGGGAUUAUAAGAAAGGAUUCGGGAAUGCUAAUGACUCCUACUGGAUUGGUAAUGACGUAAUACAUAAGCUUACCAAGGGAAGGAACUCCUCCCUCUAUGUCUCCAUCACACUGACGAAUGGGACAAAGCUCUAUGAAUUAUACAACCAGUUCUCUGUCGCUGAUGAAUCCAAAAACUACAGACUUUUUCUUGGAGGACCAGCUACCGGGACCCUAGGUGACCGUAUGUUAGACACUGGGUAUACCGACAACGAUCUGUCUGGUAUGUCAUUCUCCACCCCAGACAGAGAUCACGACACUGCUAUUGGUAGCUGUGCUGCUUACAGUGACCGUAGAGGAGGCUGGUGGUUUAGGAACUGUCACUCCGCCUUUCUCAACGGUCCCUGGUCUCCGGCAUACUGGCCAUGGCCCUGGUAUCCGCCACUUGGGAAUG